AUGGGGCAGCGUCACUGUCGCCGUCACUGUCCCCGUCCCCAGCGCCAGCGCGGCCCCGGGGGCGGCCUCGGGGACCCCCGAGCCCGGCCGCGGCUCCGGCGCCAGCGGGGCCAAAGGGCACCCGGGGGCGGGGGGACGGCGACAGCGGCGUCACGGACACCGCCGGGUCCCCCCCGUGGCACCCGGGAGUCCCCCCGGCGGGGAGUCCCCAGCACGGCCGGGACUGCCCGGGAACGGGGGCUGCGCACCUGGGGGCCCCCCGAGUCACCUGGAGCCACCCCGGGUCACCUGGGGGCCACCCGGAGCCCCCCUCGAGUUACCUGGGGGGUCGGGGCUCUGGUGUUCGACAUCGGUUCCUUCUCGGUGCGGGCCGGUUAUGCCGGCGAGGAUUGUCCCAAGGCGGAUUUCCCCACCACGGUGGGGCUGCUGUCCCCGGACGAGGUGUCCCUGGAGCUGGACGGGGACAAGGACAAGAAGGGCGGCAAGGUUUAUUACAUCGACACCAACGCGCUGCACGUGGCCCGCGAGGGCGUCGAGGUGCUGUCACCGCUCAAGAACGGCAUGAUCGAGGACUGGGAGUGCUUCCAGGCCAUCCUGGACCACACCUACGGCAAACACGUCAAGUCGGAGCCGGGGCUGCACCCGGUGCUCAUGUCCGAGGCCCCGUGGAACACCAGGGCCAAGCGGGAGAAGCUGACGGAGCUGAUGUUCGAGCACUACAACAUCCCGGCCUUCUUCCUCUGCAAGACGGCCGUGCUCACCGCGUAUCCCCGUGCCACCCCGGGUCACUGCGCCACCCCAGUGUCACCCCCGGGUCGCCAGUGUCACCCCUGUGUCACUCCCGGGUCACCAGUGUCACCCCCGUGUCAUAAUCUGGGAAUUGUGGCCCCAAAACUCUGGGACUUCCAAGCUUUGAAUGUCACCCAGUGGUCAGCGUGGUCAGUACUGAGUGUGGUCAGUGCCCGGGCGUGUCCCGCAGGUAUCGUGAAGUCGCCGCUGGCCGGGGAUUUCAUCUCCAUGCAGUGCCGGGAGCUCUUCCAGGAGCUCAACAUCGACAUCGUGCCGCCCUACAUGAUCGCGGCCAAGGAGCCCGUGAGGGAAGGGGCCCCCCCGAGCUGGAAGAAGAAGGAGAAGCUGCCCCAGGUGUCCAAAUCCUGGCACAACUUCACCUGCAACGAGGUGAUCCAGGACUUCCAGGCCUCGGUGCUGCAGGUUUCGGACUCGCCUUACGACGAGCAGGUGGCGGCGCAGAUGCCGACAGUUCACUACGAGAUGCCCAACGGGUACAACACCGACUACGGGGCCGAGCGGCUCCGCAUCCCCGAGGGGCUCUUCGACCCCUCCAACGUCAAGGGCCUCUCGGGGAACACCAUGCUGGGCGUGGGACACGUGGUGACCACCAGCAUCGGGAUGUGCGACAUCGACAUCCGCCCGGGUCUCUACGGCAGUGUCAUCGUCACCGGGGGGAACACGCUGCUGCAGGGCUUCACCGACCGCCUGAACCGGGAGCUGGCGCAGAAAACGCCCCCGAGCAUGCGGCUGAAGCUCAUCGCCAGCAACAGCACCAUGGAGCGGCGCUUCAGCCCCUGGAUCGGCGGCUCCAUCCUGGCCUCGCUCGGCACGUUCCAGCAGAUGUGGAUCUCCAAGCAGGAGUACGAGGAGGGCGGGAAGCAGUGUGUGGAGCGCAAGUGUCCCUGAGGGGGGAAUCCUCCCCCUGAGGGGGGCUGGAGCCCCUGAGGGGAAAAAUGCGGAAAAAACAA